GUGAAGGUAGGUUGGCGGGGAGGCGUAGUAAGUGGCCGUUAUUGAGGAGGCGAAGGGGCUGCGCUCUUGAGGAGAGAGAGAGAGAGAGAAAAAAAUAUUAUUGUUGUUAUUACUGCGGCUCCCGCGGGGCGUCGAAACCCGUGUUGCCGUUUUGUUUGAAAUAAAGUCACAUCAAGACUCUCCCCUCACGCCGCCCCCACCCUCUCCCUCCCCUCGGGAAGGGGUGACUGGACUGUGAAGUUAUCGCUAUGGAAGAAGAAGGCUCCGGCGGCGGCGGCGGCGACGGUGACGUGUUUACGGUGGAGCACGAGCUGAGGAACGCAAAUUUAACUGGGCACUCUGAGAAGGUUGGGAUUGAAAAUUUUGAACUACUGAAGGUCCUUGGAACAGGAGCUUAUGGAAAAGUAUUUCUUGUGAGGAAAAUCAGUGGCCAUGACACUGGGAAGCUUUACGCCAUGAAAGUGCUGAAGAAGGCAUCAAUAGUUCAGAAAGCGAAGACCGCAGAACACACCAGAACAGAACGUCAAGUAUUGGAACAUAUUCGACAGUCACCAUUCCUCGUCACGUUACAUUAUGCCUUCCAGACGGACACAAAACUCCAUCUUAUUUUAGAUUAUGUGAAUGGAGGAGAGUUGUUCACCCAUUUGUCACAGAGGGAGCGCUUUACAGAGAACGCAGUGCGAAUAUACAGUGGAGAAAUAGUACUGGCACUGGAACAUCUACACAAGCUUGGAAUUAUAUACAGAGAUAUAAAACUUGAGAAUAUUCUGCUGGACAGUAAUGGCCAUGUGGUGCUAACAGACUUUGGACUCAGCAAAGAAUUUCUAGUGGAUGAAAAUGAGCGAGCGUAUUCUUUUUGUGGAACCAUAGAGUAUAUGGCUCCUGAAAUAGUUCAAGGAGGAGACGCUGGGCACAACAAGGCUGUCGAUUGGUGGAGUCUCGGAGUCCUAAUGUAUGAACUGAAAACAGGAGCAUCGCCUUUUACUGUUGACGGGGAAAGGAAUUCACAGACAGAAAUUUCUAAGAGGAUUCUUAAAAGCGACCCUCCGUAUCCUCCAGAGAUCAGUCCUUCAGCUAAAGACGUGAUUCAGCGACUCCUGAUCAAAGAUCCCAAGAAACGGUUGGGCUCUGGCUUAGGAGGAUCUGAAGAAAUUAAGUCUCAUCCGUUUUUCCAGAAUAUCAGCUGGGACGAGUUGGCUGCUAAAAGUAUUGUAGCUCCAUUUAAACCGGUUAUCAGGGACGAGCUGGAUGUCAGCAAUUUUGCAGAUGAGUUCACGGAAAUGGAUCCCACAUACUCACCUGCGGCGCUGCCUCAAAACUCCGACAGGAUUUUCCAGGGCUAUUCUUUUAUUGCUCCUUCUAUUCUCUUCAAACGUAAUGCCGUGAUGACUGAUCCCAUUCAGCUUCUCUUGGGAGUGGAACGGCCUGGCAGCACAUCCAUUGCACGCAGCGUCAUGAUGAAGGAUUCUCCAUUUUAUCAGCACUAUGACCUUGAUCUCAAAGACAGUCCGCUUGGAGAAGGAAGUUUCUCUAUCUGUAGGAAGUGCUGCAAUAAGAAAACGGGGCAGGAAUUUGCAGUGAAAAUCAUCAGCAAAAGAAUGGAGGCCAACACUCAAAGAGAGAUAGCAGCACUGAAACUCUGUGAAGGACACCCUAAUGUUGUAAAACUGCACGAUGUUUUUCACGAUCAGUUACACACAUUUCUGGUGAUGGAGCUUCUGAAAGGAGGUGAGCUGCUCGAUCGCAUCCGGAGGAAGAAGCACUUCAGUGAAACCGAAGCCAGUCACAUCAUGCGCAAGCUGGUCUCGGCCGUCAGUCACAUGCAUGAUGUGGGAGUCGUCCACAGGGAUUUGAAACCGGAGAAUUUGUUGUGCGCAGAUGACAGUGACAACACAGAAAUAAAGAUUAUCGAUUUAGGCUUCGCUCGGUUAAAACCCCCGGACAACCAGCCGCUGAAGACUCCGUGCUUCACCCUGCACUACGCAGCUCCUGAACUGCUGAAGGACGAUGGCUACGAUGAGUCCUGUGACCUGUGGAGUUUAGGUGUCAUUCUGUACACUAUGCUGUCGGGGAAAGUGCCCUUCCAGUGUGAGGGGAAAACUCUAACUUCCACCAGUGCUGAAGAAAUCAUGAGGAAAAUCAAGCAAGGAGACUUCUCUUUUGAAGGAGAGGCCUGGAGAAAUGUCUCCCAGGAGGCCAAGGAGUUAAUCCAAGGACUUCUCACUGUUGACCCAAAUAAACGGAUCAAAAUGUCCAGUCUGCGGUACAACGAGUGGCUUCAGGACGGGAGUCAGUUGUCGUCCAAUCCACUGAUGACACCAGACGUGCUUGGUUCCUCAGGUGUUUCUGUCCACACCUACGUCAAGGCAACCUUUCACGCCUUUAACAAGUGCAAAAGGGAAGGCUUCUGCCUGCAGAACGUGGACAAGGCGCCACUGGCCAAGCGCCGCAAGAUGAAGAAGACAAGCACGAGCACGGAGACCCGCAGCAGCUCCAGCGAGAGCUCCCACUCCUCCACCUCCUCCUCCUCCUCCUCCCACUCGCACGGCAAGAUCAACCCCGCCAAGGUGCUCCAGCCCAGCACCCCCGCCGACAGCAAUCCCGACAGCAUCUUUCAGUUCUCCGACUGAAGCCGUUCGGUCACAAUGUCGUGGCCUGUUUUUAAGCCCCACCAUCUUGUGAGAACCAUGGGCUGCUCUUUCGCCCGCCCGCCCGAAACAUACCAACAGUCCUGAAGAUUUUUUUUGAA